AUGGGAGUGUAUGAGGAGCGCGCCCCUCCUACGACCGGCAUGCACUGGCAGCCGCCCAGCUCGCAGGAGCGUGGCAGCGGCUUGGCUGUGGGGCGCCAAGGGGGGCCUGGUAGCGCGGGGGGGCCCGGAGCAGUGGACCAGGCGCGGGACCUAAGUCCUUGCCUUCCCGCGUCGAUGGGCGAUGCUGCGCGACCCACUACUCUACCAUGCAGCCCUCCUGCCGCCCAUCAUCAUGGGCCCCAUCAUACGCCCCUGCAUCAGACUCACUGUGGUACCAAUAACAACUGUUACGAUAGAUCGACCACCCCUUACGACUCGAGAGACUACGAUUCUCCCGGAGCAGGUGCACAGGAGUACAGGGGAGGUGGAAACUUCGAAAAUGCCAGUGACCUAAGUAUGCCGUCGCAGACCACGCAUCAUCACCAUCUGCAUCAUCACCAUCAUCAUCACCCCCAUUUACACUCGCAAACGCACUCACAGGAGCAACAAACCACGACGGAACACUUGCACGCAGUCCCGAAAUUGGAACCACCGCCUACACCACCCGCACAAUCCGAGGACAUUCCUGGAGUGGUUUGCGCGGGGUGUGGCCUCAGGAUAUCCGACAGAUUCUAUCUUCAGGCCGUCGACAGGAGGUGGCAUGCCGCGUGUCUCCAGUGUUCACAUUGUCGUCAGGGUCUCGACGGAGAAAGCACCUGCUUCAGCAGAGACGGGAACAUCUAUUGCAAGAAGGACUACUAUCGAAUGUUCGGUAGCAUGAAGCGGUGCGCGCGCUGUCAAGCAGCGAUCCUGGCGUCCGAGUUAGUGAUGCGUGCGCGCGAGCUCGUCUUCCACGUGCGCUGCUUCUCGUGCGCGGCUUGUGCAGUGCCCUUAACGAAGGGUGACCACUUCGGCAUGCGAGAUGGCGCCGUGCUCUGUCGACUGCACUACGAGAUGGGCGCCGAGCUGCAUCCGGCUCAAAGCCCGCCGGUUCCGGUCUAUCCGCCGCACUAUCCUGGCCAGCCGCCUUUUCCCUCGCCCGAGUUCCUUCAUCAUCAUCAUCAUCAUCACGCGCCACCGCAUCCUCAUCACUCGAUGCACCCCCAGCACCCUCACAGUCACGUCAGCCCGGUACCCCUGCAGCCUUCGACACCCUCCGUACCCGAUGCGUCUUCACCCGCCAAGGUACCUUACUUCAAUGGCGCCGCCACCGUUGUUCCGCCGCCUAGACAGAAGGGCAGACCCAGAAAGAGGAAGCCGAAGGAUCUUGAAACCAUGACCGCAAGUCUUGAUCUAAACGCGGACUACAUAGACAUGUCUUUCGGCAGAGGAGGUCCUGGCACUCCAGGCAUGCCUGGCUCUAACAGCAGAACGAAACGAAUGAGAACGAGUUUCAAGCAUCACCAGUUAAGGACGAUGAAGAGCUAUUUCGCGAUCAAUCACAAUCCCGACGCAAAGGACCUGAAGCAGCUUUCCCAGAAAACUGGUUUACCAAAAAGGGUGUUGCAGGUUUGGUUCCAGAAUGCGCGAGCAAAAUGGCGGCGCAUGGUGCUAAAGCAAGAGGGCAAAUCUGACAAGUGCGACGGCGGGGUGGACAGUGGUAACCUCGGUGACAUAGAACUCUAUGGGAACAGCACCGGAAGUGGCGGGCCACCGAUGAGCCCGCCCUUCAUGCUCGGUGGUCCUCACAGUCCUGCGUCUCUGACGUCUCUGGACUGUGCGUGAUUCCUGAGGCCUAAGUUCGUUCUUCCCGACUAGCGUUAUCCGCACCUCGUCUUGCGAUAAGACCUGCGUGCUUGGAGACGUUCAUCCUUCCGGACAGUUUUUCACGUGAGUGAUACUUCCCGCGAGUGCGCGAAGACGGCAAAUUGUGAAUAAUCGUAGAGUAUGUAAAAACAAGAAUAACGUUUCCGCGGUGUCGAGUAACUUAAACGGUAAUAGGCGAUUAGCGAGGAUCGGCUACGAAGCGAGAUUAGUGAUAUCGAUAUCCGAGUACCCGGGUACUCGAGUCCUACUCCGAAACCCGGCUAUUUCGGGUAUCAGGUUAUUUUGCAAAUUACCUGGGUACUUGAGUACUGUGAUUAGUGUAGACAGUACCUUAGAAAAUAAAAGACUAAAUCGGAAUUAGCUUGUUGCGAAAAUCAAACGGAUAGAUGUUGCUCGAUGAUGAUUUCUGGUUCUAAGUAUCUGAAUACUCGGUUAUUUCUGAUGGUAUCCGAGUACCCCGCGAAUUCGAGCACCAAAUGGAUACCUGGGUAUACCCAGGCACAGAAACCACCCGAGUUCAUAGUGACAGCACUAACCGAAGUUCGAGAAAUAUGUGGUUUGAAAGUGCUGGACUCGAUUAUUCUGCUAGUAGUAAAUUGAUGUAAAUCUUAAGAAUCUUUCAAUGUCGCUUGCCAAUUGAGGAAUUGGUUUCCUCGAAGAUCUUGCUUCGGAUCGAGUAGCUAAUCAAAAUGUUGUAAAGUUAACGCGAACACGCUGAUGCGUGGGUUCGUUUAAUCGACAGAAUCGUUGUAUUUAUUCUAGCUCGGAUUGUGGCCAACUGUCACGAACAAAACAUUAAAGUCGUUCGUUGAAGGCAAUGUAAUUAGUUGCGAGACCUAUUUAUUCGUCUAAGCCUAACUAAGGGUCGCGAUGUUUACCGAUACUACGUGAAAAUUCAGCGUUUUGAAAGUCCCGAAAGGUUCUGAAGGGAAAGAAUCGUCGUUAAACAAAAAUAGCUUAACGAGAUAUUGAUGAAUACAUUAUUUGGUUAUACACAGAAAUUAUCAAUGAGUUCAUGUUAUUUGAUUCUUGUGCAACACGUUUUUUUUCGUUUCUGUUUGAAACUGGAAAGGGUAACAGACGGAACUGCAACCCACAGAUUAAUUAAACGCGCGAAUGGAACGCUGGAUUUUGACGGAGAUAAUAUUAAUUAUUUAUAAACAGAAUCGCGAAUUGUGUAUAUUAUUGCUCAAGAUCAGGCCGCGACGGAAGUGACACACGGUUCGGCCUUGUUAUUGUAAAUAAAGGACGUUCCUCGUACGUUUCUUAAGGCACCGCUAUAGGUUGUAGGGCUCUAUUAAUUGCAUUCGGUAGCGGUCGUGCUUCUCUAGGCGAGAGGUAAUAAUAGUAAUGACGAUACGCAGGACUAUUGAUAUUACUGCUCCUACUAUUAGUCCUCCUUGUAACGAUGCGGAACGAUUGUCCAACUUUUGCAAGAUCAUUUUUUCAUUGAAUAUAUUUUGACAAUAUA